AUGGGCGAGCCCACAGUCUCUCGGCUAGAUCGGACGGCAGCGGUCAUGGGUGUUCCCGGCGUCGCUGGUUAUAAUAACCAAAGAUACCAUCAGAACUCACCACUUCAACCUAUCGGUGAGCACCGUCAGCACGGCUUAUAUGCCCAUCAGCAUGGUUCAGAUCCCUAUCUAGCCCUCAAUCCUCCACGCCAGCAGGUGCCUCGAACUUACCCUGGUACUGUCCAAGAGGUUCCCGUUCACGGUACCCCGGUCAUUCGGCCCAUCACGCGAUAUGUCCCGUUCCAGAAGGGCACCAUGGCCUCAUCUCUACCAAGUCACCCGUCCCUACCGCUCCCACUCAAACAACCAACUCCAGUGCCGGCUUUUACUCCCCUGCCGACCCUGCAGCCGCGUCCGCAGGCAUCUGCACCACAAGCGACACCUUUGACUAGUGCAUUUGUUAAGGAGAUUUCCAAGUUAACAACAGGACAACAAUGUUGCAGUCUGACUAUAGAGGUUCUCAUGCUCUUAGCACAACUGUCGCCCAAGAGACACAGCCCCGAAGAGAUUACAACCUUCCAACAUGAGGUUGAGGUCUUGAAGUCCCGGUACGCGAACGUGUUGGGUAUUGACCAUGCAUACAAAGAGCUAGAGGCUGAAGCCAAAAGGCUCAGGGAUGAAGUAAAAAGGCUCAAAAAUAAAGAAAUCAAGUCCUUGAAAGCCAAGGAACGGAAGUCAGAUGCUCGGAUACAGGAAUUGGAGAGGGAGACCGAAAAGCAGAGACAUGAGAUGAAGGCCAAUGCAGAAACAUUGCAGAAGCUACGCCGGAUGACACAGAAUUAUGCUCCUCCUACGAAGUAG